UUAGACCGGGCCGGGAUAGAUAUAUAUACACUUUGAAAUUCCGAGCACAUAUAACGGUCACCAGCCAAAUGCCAGUUAAUUUCAAGGUACGAAUUUUCCCCCAAAUUAACCGUAUGUCGCGAAUGGAGAUGCUCCAAUCAUUGAUGCCGCUGCGGCUGAAAUUCGAAUUCCAAUGCUUCCUGCUAUCUAUAGUAAGAAAAAUUGGUUGCGUAGAACGACGGGGGAGAGACAGCCAGAGUCAUAAGUUUCGGGAAAAGGCUUGAGAAUCGGUAUAUUCGUGGAAAUUCUUUGAUGGGUUGCCAGCCUUCUGGGUCUGUUCUAUACAGGCGUCUCCCCGAAGGCUGGUACCUGAAUUUUGGAAGUAAAUUGUCGGUGCCGGCUUGAUUAUAUUAGCUUCUCUUUCCCUUCGCAUAGCUUUGGAAGGUUUCGAGGAUAUAUUAUAUUUUCGAGAUUGAUAAGAAGGGAAAGAAAGCAGCAAAUUUAGUAGGUGGACUUUGGGAUAAUAGAGUUGUUAAGUGAGCUUUCUAUGUAAACAUGACAACCGUUUCGGGUGUAAUCUCAAGGCAAAUUGUGCCGGCUUGUGGUGCCCUUUGUUUUUUCUGUCCGGGACUGCGUGAGAGAUCUAGGCAGCCUGUUAGGAGGUACAAGAAGUUGAUUUCGGAUAUCUUCCCUCGAUCCCCGGAAGAAGAGCCAAAUGACAGGAAGAUUGGGAAGUUGUGUGAAUAUGCUUCGAAAAAUCCUUUGCGCAUCCCAAAGAUAGCAGAUUCCCUUGAAAGGAGAUGCUACAGGGAAUUGAGAAAUGGAAACUUCCGAUCGGUAAAAAUUGUUGUCUCUAUUUACAGAAAAUUGCUGUCAUCUUGCAAGAAGCAAAUGCCUUUGUUUGCAAAUAGUCUGCUGACUAUUCUGCACACCUUGCUGGAUCAGUCAAGCCAAGAUGAAAUUGUAAUUAUUGGAUGUCAAACUCUCUUUGAUUUUGUGAACAAUCAGAGUGAUUCAACUUACAUGUUUAACCUCGAGGGACUAAUUCCAAAGCUUUGUCAGUUGGCUCAAGAAGUCAGUGAGGAAGAGAUGCAAGAUCAUCGACGUGCAGCUGGGCUGCAAGCUCUAUCUGCUAUGGUUUGGUUUAUGGGUGAAAACUCCCAUAUUUCGUCUGAAUUCGAUAAUAUUGUUCAUGUGGUUUUGGAAAAUUACAGCACCGAAGGUUCAACAAAGGAGGUUCCUUCCUGGAGUGCCCUUAUAAGUGACGGUGGACAACUAACUGUUUCCGAAGAAGAUGCCAAGAGCCCUUGCUUUUGGUCAAAGGUGUGCCUGCAAAACAUGGCCAAUCUAGGAAAGGAGGCUACAACAAUGCGUCGUGUUUUGGAGUCCUUGUUUAGAUAUUUCAACAACGGUAAUCUAUGGCCAAUGAAUAAUGGAAUUGCUUUCCCCAUCCUCAAAGAUAUGCAGCGUGUGAUGGACGAAUGUGGGCAAAAUACGCACUUUUUGCUGUCAACAUUAAUCAAGCAUCUUGACCAUAAAACUGUCCUCAAGCAACCUGAAAUGCAGCUCGACAUUAUUCAGGUUGUGACUGCCCUUGUUCGCCUCACAAAAGUUCACCCAUCCGUGGCUAUAGUCAGCGCUGUAAGCGAUGUCAUGAGGCAUUUGCGUAGAAGCAUACAUUCCUCACUCGAUGAUGCAAAUCUUGGACAUGAAGUCAUCAAGUGGAAUAGAAAAUUCCAUCAAUUAGUCGAUGAAUGUCUCACAGAGCUCUCCGCAAAGGUUGGGGAAGCCGGACUAAUCCUCGAUGUAAUGGCUACCAUGUUAGAGAAUCUCUCUACCAUUACUGUUAUUGCUAGAACAACUAUCUCUGCUGUCUUCCGAACUGCUCAAAUCAUUGCUUCGUUGUCAAUUUUAUCAUACAAGAACAAGGCGUUUCCGGAGGCUUUGUUCCAUCAGCUACUCCCAGCCAUGAUGCAUCCUGACCACGAGACACGAGUAGGAGCUCAUCGGAUCUUCGCUGUCGUUCUUGUGCCAUCUUCAGUCUGCCCUCAUGCAGAUUCAGCCGUUCAUGACCCAAAGAAGAACACACACGUUCCAAGAACCCUCUCAAGAACUGUUUCCGUGUUUUCCUCAUCAGCUGCUCUGUUUGAGAAGAUGAAACGCCCAAAGGAUCCGUCUAAGGAAAAUCACCUAGAGAUCAACGGAGAAAAGGGUUCGGGAGUGCUUAACAGACUUAAAUCAUCUUACAGUCGGGUGCAUAGCUUCAAACCAUCAUCGACAGACACUGACAUUUCUGCCCAUAGAAGUAAAGAAGUGGAAGCCGGUCCUCUCAGAAUGAGCAGCCACCAAAUAACACUCCUGCUUUCUUCCAUUUGGGCACAAUGUAUGUCUCCUUCCAAUAUGCCAGAGAAUUACGAAGCUAUCUCCAACACAUACAGCUUGAUUUUGUUGUUUUCUUGCGCCAAGAACUCCUAUCGCGAUGCUCUAAUUCGAGGCUUCCAACUGGCUUUCUUGUUGAGGAACAUUUCUCUUUCGAACACAGAGAAAUUAUCACCUUCUCGGCGACGAUCCCUUUUUGUGUUGUCAACAUGUAUGAUCAUCUUUUCAUCCAAGGCUUACAACAUUCUUCCCCUUGUCCACAUCGUCCGGCCUAGAAUCACUAGUAGAGUGAUUGAUCCAUUCUUGUGUCUGGUCGGGGACUCGAAGCUGCAGAUUAGCGAAACAAAAUCAGGCAACCCGAAAAUGGUGUAUGGUUCAACAGAAGACGACAGCUCUGCGCUGAAGUGUCUUUCAGAGAUAGAAUUAAGUGAGGAUGAAACCAAGGAAGCCCUCGUUUCGGUUGUCGUCAAAAACUUGGAUAACAUAUUAGAGGCCGAGCAGACUAUCUUAAAGGAGCAGUUGCUGAGGGACUUUGUGCCUGACAGCAUGUUUUACGCGGACAGCGCGGAAUUCGGACAUCAGGCGAAUUCUCACCACAAGAAAAAUUUCGAGAAGGCGGUCUCAUUGUUUGUGGAUGAUGAAUCUUACCACGAAGUAGUAGACGGCACUCUCCCACAAAACUCGACUCUGACCAUUGAGUUCCCAAGCGUCCUGAGCGUCGAUCAGCUUUUGCAAUCCGUUCUCGAGACAGCACACCAUGUUGGCAGAAUGUCUGUGAGUGCUGCGCCUGCGUCGUCGUACACUGAAAUGGCGAAUCAAUGCGAAACACUGAUGAUGGGAAAGCAGCAGAAGAUGUGGUACAUGAUCAACACUAAUCCUAAACAAGGCUCUACGCUCACGAUUACUACACAAACCACCUGUGGCGAAGGAGAUGCACCCGCAGCUCCAUUCAACGAUCUAAACAAGGCGAUAAAUCCAUUCUUGGAUGCGGAAGGCGUCAGCAAAGCCGGACAUCAGCAGCAUUCAUUCUCAUUCAGGCUUCCGGCAUCGAGUCCCUACGACAACUUCCUGAAAGCUGCCGGAUGUUGAGAAGAAGAUACUUUGUCCGGUAAUAAGUGAAUAAUCCCGACCAAAGAGGACUCAUCUGAGAGAGAAAUCGAACUUCUUUAAUCUCUUUUUUGGGUGAUUUUACUUGGUGUUUCUUCUUCUUCUUCUUCUUCUUCCCCUUGAGGCUGGAUGUGUGAAAAGAUUUGAUGAAUUGAACUAGAUUGAGAUGAGAGUCUUCUUGUAGUGUUUUAGAUCGAUCUCUCUUUCUUUCUUUCUUUCUUUCUUUCUAUCUAUGGCACAAAAGUUUCACUCAUUAUUGUCCUCUCCCUUUUAAGGAAAUGUGUAUUUUUGUUACUACAUUCUUUAUUACACAAAAUAUGAUUAUAUUAUUUGGAGUUUGAUUUCAA